CCUCCAGGCCGUCACCACCGCAGUACGUAAACAAAGUGAAGUGCGUGAUCAGUUCCUCGUCUUUCAUUCCUGCAUAUCGCUGCUUCUGCAUAGUUAUUCACCACUGACCAUCACCUGCGUGAGGAGGAUGAUUGAGGUGUAGAGAACAUCGUUUAGAAAUUGCAGGAUGGAUGGAAUGUGGCGACUGUGGUGCCAAUUUAGUACAGAGAAUGUUGUGGUGCCUUGAUGGGGUCCUGUGUGCCCUGCGUAUGUCACCAGCAGGUCUGUGACCUUAAACUGUGUGACCUCUGUCACUGUCCUAGUGAAGCAGAUUUCAGUUUGUAGCAAUGUUUGGGACAAAUGAAUCAAACCGAGGUGCAUUUCUUGAGGCAACAAGGGAAGCAAGAGAGGAGCGAGCAGCGGAACGAAGGAGGGAUGAAGCUGCCACUAAAUUGCAAGCGGCGAUUCGGAGCUGGCUGGUUCGGGCUGCACACAAAAGAAAGACCCGGGACAAAUUUGAUGAGCUCUUUGGCACAGAACCCAUGGGUCAGGACCAGACAGCUAAUUUACCACCAGCCAUAGAUGCUUUUCAUAGAAUCACAGAGUUCAUAAAAAUAUUUAGAUUGAAAACAGAUGGAAAGAGAUUUGAAAUCCUUACAAGGUACUUGCUGGCAAGUAUGGACAGUGAUAAUAUAAAGCUAACCUAUGUUUCUUGUGGAAUGAAUAAGGAUUUAACACUGCAGUGGAUCCAUCAAAUAAAAGAUCUUUUAUUUGCUUGUUGUGGAAUUUUGGAAGAGCUACAACCUGAAAUAUCAAAGGAGAAUCGCCUGCUAUUACUGUACUUGCAUCUGCUCCUCACCUUCACUGGCACCAGCACAUGGAAAAUCUUACGAGUGCAGAGUUUUGAGCCACUCAAACCAUCACUUAACAAGCUCACUGAUAAUGUAAUGGGAGACUUAGUAUCCAGAGGCCUUUACAGUACUUUAAAGCACAUUCUUGUCCGUGGUUUGUGCAGAGGAAAGGCAGCCCUGAGAGGUCCAGCUAUCACUACCAUAAUAACACUAGCUCAACGUCCCCUCAUGGCUGCCAACUAUUCAGAUAAACUACUUUCCCUCAUGACCAUACAUGUAUUAAGUGUUCCAGCUCUCAUCCACCACCUGGAUGCUUUAGCUCCUGAGGCACUACAAAUGUUGCAGACUAAUGAAAUAUUUGAAAAAGUUGUUCAGUUUGUACAAACAGAACAAAAUUUGCGCAUUAUCUUCAAUACACUAGAAGGAUCCUAUGCACUCUGUCUCCUGGCAAACCUUGUCCAUCUGGCUCACAAAGAGAGUGACAGAGCACUGCCAAGAUUAGCAUUCCCAGAAUUUAAUUUUGUAGUGAAGCGUCUGCUGGAAAAGUGCGGAGAGUAUGUAACAACCAAGCAGAGUAGCAACCUGACCCAAUGGCAUCCAGUGCUGGGCUGGUUCUCCCGGCCCCUUGACCACCACCUUAAUGAACCCAUGGCUCUAGUCAAGUCACAGCUGCAGCUUCUGUGGUGUGGAGUUGUGCUCAAAGUAAUGUUCUCUGCUCUUACCAGUAUGAUUGCUGAACAGGAACCAUCACCGAGUGAAUCAAACACUUCAGGAAUUACAUCAUCCUCUACGGCUUCCUCUUUAGCCAGCAUUGGGUCCUAUGUGUCAUCUAAUAUAGUUAGGAGAGCACUAGAUCGCAGACUCACCUCUGGCACCUCUACUGGCUCGGGGGGAUUAAGAGGCGGGGGCAGUCGCAAGCUUGGUUCUCGUGAGGUGUCAACUGUGGCAAUGGUUUGCUCCAUGUACUACUCUGCCAUCACCACUCUCUCGCAACUGAAAAUGGAUAUUCUCACUGGUUUGUGCUACAAAAGCGAGAUGGUGUCACAACUUUGGCAAGUGUUCCAGUCGUUGGGCCCUAACUGUGGGCUCAAGAGUUUUCUAGAUCUUCUCUCAGCUUCCACAAAGGCCACAGCACCAGAGUUCCACAUGCUGAUGCUAUUUUGUGAUGCCACCACUCUCCUUGUCACAGUCUUGGAUGACCUGGAGAUGUAUGAACAGCAGAAGCCAUUUUCUCUCCAUGAUUAUGCCAUAAUGGCAUCAUUCCUGAAUAGUUUUACUUACAAGAUGAUUCACAAUGGUUUGAUAGAUGUACGCAAUGUGCAAGGAAGUCCCCUCUUUGUAUCUUUGCAUACACUUCUACUUCUCUUGUACAAGAGAAAUUCGCGGAGAAACUAUGUUCCUGAUACCCACUGGCUUAUCAAAGAAGUGCGGAUAUCAACCUUCAUGUCAGAUUUGGAGCAGGGAGAUGCUCAAGCUCAGGUACUGAUACAGAAGAUGCCACACAUCAUCCCUCACACGGAGCGGGUCUUACUAUUCAAAAAGUAUGUAGCUAAUAACAAAGCCAAGUUGGGGCUAAGUGAUGCUGCUUGUGCUUCACCUCACUCAACUCUGAUCACUGUACACAGGUCUCGUCUUGUUGAAAAUGGCUAUCAGCAGCUGGCCUCACUUUCUCCACUGGCUUUGAAGGGCAUGAUCAGAGUUCGGUUCAUCAAUGAGCAUGGCUUGGAUGAGGCUGGCAUUGAUCAGGAUGGUGUCUUUAAAGAGUUCCUUGAAGAGACACUGAAGAGGGUAUUUGAUCCAUCUCUGAAUUUGUUCCGCUUGACAAGUGAAGAGCGGCUUUACCCGUCACCAACUUCCUUCAUGACAGAGAAUCAUUUGCAGCUUUUUGAAUUUGUUGGAGGAAUGUUAGGGAAGGCAGUUUAUGAGUCUAUUGUUGUUGACUGCCCAUUUGCUUCAUUCUUCCUUAGUCAAGUACUUGGAGAACAGCAGUCAUCUCUCUACUCUUCCAUUGAUGAGCUGCCAUCAUUGGAUCCUGAAUUGUAUAAGUCAUUGACCUACAUAAAGCACUAUGAAGGAGAUGUCAGUGACUUGGAUCUAACCUUCUCAUAUGAUGAGGACUACCUGGGUGAGAUCAUUACUCAUGAGCUCAGACCAGGAGGCAAGUCCAUCCCUGUAACCAAUGACAACAAGAUCGUGUACAUUCACCUGAUGGCUCACUUCAAGAUGCACGUACAGAUAAGGGAUCAGACCAAGGCCUUCAUUCGAGGCUUCAGAUCUAUCAUUAACCCUGAGUGGCUUUCAUUGUUUUCAGUUCCUGAGUUCCAGCGUUUGAUUUCUGGCGAUAACAUAGCUGUGGACUUGAAGGAUCUCCGAGAAAACACCUUGUACUAUGGAGGGUUUCACGACAAGCACCGCGUUGUCUGCUGGCUGUGGGACAUCCUUGAGAGAGACUUUAAGGAGGAAGAACGGGCACUUUUCCUGAAGUUUGUGACAAGUUGCUCUAAGCCACCACUUCUAGGAUUUACAAAUUUGGAGCCUCCGUUUUCCAUCCGAUGUGUUGAAGUUGGUGAUGAUGAAGAUACAGGAGAUACUAUUGGAAGUGUCAUUAGAGGAUUCUUUGCAAUAAGGAAACGUGAUCCAGUCAACAGACUUCCAACCUCAUCCACUUGCUUCAACCUCCUCAAGCUCCCAAACUACCAGAGGAAGAGCACCCUGAGAGACAAACUUCGCUAUGCCAUCAAUAGCAAUACAGGGUUUGAGCUCUCCUAAUCUUUGUGUCCUCAAUGAUUUCUGUAAGCAGAGUGCAUGCAGAAGUUAUAUUUGGUUGGGAGAGUGUGCAUUUGGACCUUACCUAAUGAACGCACACCAAAUGAUUAGAAAUUUAUGAUACUAAAACUGGUCUGUGGUGUACAUCAUUACAUUUACAAAGCUCAUAACCAUAUAUCAUCAUCAUUAUCAUCAUCAUUGUUUUUAGCAUUAGCAUCCUUCUGCCCCAGUAUGUCAUAUAUAAUCAUCAUCAUCAUCAUCAUCAUCAUCACAGUUCUGCUUUCAUCAUCAUUAUCAUCAUUAUCAUUAUCAUCCUCCUCCUCCUUAUCAUCACACAUUGUCAACAUCACCAGCAUAAACAUUAUCACAGUAUGCAUUUUGAAAUUAUAAACUGUUUACAGUAAUUCCUCCUGCAGUACACAAUGUUAAUUCUCUAGUCAUAUGCUGCCUUCAUGAAGUUAUAUUUUUUUCUUGCUAUUUCAAGACCAGCCCAUUUCAGUCAUACGUGAAUUGUCUGCCCACAUCAUGACCUUGAGGCUGCCAAGCUGACCAAGGCUAAGGCAUUUACUGAGAGCAAGACCCUAGCACACACACACACACACACACACACACACCAACCAAGGCUUUUUUACAGACAUGUGAACAACAACAUCAAAAAUAGAGAAAGUAUUGAAAGUUUAGAAGUAAAUGGAGUUUGCAGUGAGGAU